AUGGCGCUCUCCGCCUCGUUGGCAUCAGCCUCCGUACCAGCCGAAGAGCUCGCGCACGCGCAGAUCCGGGCCCGAGCCGCCGAAGCCGCACGCGAUCUCGCCGCGCGUGCUACGGGGUGCGAUGAUGUUCAUCUUUUCUUGGCUCGCGGCAACAACGAACCAUACCCUGGUCGUCAACGCAAUAUUGUCAAUGGGGUCUGCGGUCAGCUUGACAACUGCGGCUAUGAGGACAUCUACUUCACUGCCGGAGAGGAGCAGGUCUACUGCGAUACUGUCCACCAGGGUACUUUGAACGGCCAGGCCCAGAUCAUCAACUACGCUAUUCGCUGCCCGGAUUCACUACUGGUUGUGACUGGGUACUCCCAAGGUGCUCAUAUUGUGGGCGAUAUUCUCGGUGGUGAUGGAGGUGCUACGAUCUUCAAUUGCGGUCUUUGGACGAACACAGCUCUAUCAGCCUCGUCAGAUGUUGGCAAGCGGAUCAAGGCCGUCACAAUCUUUGGAGACGUCCGUCAUACAGCCGGCCAGUCUUAUAACGUCUUGGACGGCGCCAAUGAUGACGGUCUGAUCCCCCGUGAUGGCACCUAUCUGUCCGAUCUGAAUGAGUGGUCUGACCGUCUGCGGGCCUACUGUGCCGCCGGCGACCCGAUCUGCGCCGGCGGUGAUACCGUUGCGGAGCAUCUCAACUACUUCGACCUCUAUUCCGAUGACGCUUCGGAUUGGAUCAUCUCCAUGCUCGGAGUGAGCACGGUUGCUACUGCCACUGCUUGGGCUAUUCCCACGUCCAUCUCUGGGAAAGUUGAGCCAUAUUCUGGCACUAGCUACACCACCACUGACCACCCGAGCCCGUCUGUGACCCCAGACCUCAAUGUGGUCAUUACUGCUUCUGCUGCCGUUACCACCUCAUCGUCCGUCAGGCCAUCUUCGAGCACCAGCGAACCCCAAUCGUCAUCCAGUGUUGCCUCAUCGUCGUCAUCAGUCUCCUCUAGCAUCUCCACAACUUCCGCACAAAGCUCUGCUACAGAGGCUAGCAUCACUACGGCUCCCGCCAGUAGCACAGCCGCUUCAAGCAACCCGAGCUCCAGCACAACAUCGGAAAAUGCUGCCGAUCGUGCAGGGCUCGAGAGAACCGCCGGCUGCGUUGUAGUCGCCGGCAUAAUGUUUGGCAUUACAUUGUAA